AUGCCUCUGAAGAGUGAAAAAGCUUGCGCAUCCUUUGAUGGAGGCUUUACAUUGGACAGUGAGAGAGAUUUGGAGCGAGAGACUACUGUACUAAACCGGAAUCUGGAGUCAGAACGCACAGAUAAUGAAAGAGGAGACGAUGAGAAUGACGAACUGAAGUUUGAGCAAGAGGAUGAGGAAGAUUAUCAAGAAGAAAGCAUGGAUGUGCUUCUGAGGAGAUAUUAUAGAUAA